CGUGCUGCUGCCCCUCGGGGGGGGUGGCUGCCGGUGUUGGGUGAGCCCGGGCCGUGUGUGUGAGCGGCGCUGGGGCUGCGCAGGGCGCUGGCCGGACUCGGUGCGGGAGCGGCCGCGGGGCCCGUCCCUGAGGCGCUGAGUGAGGGAGCGCUGAGCGCCUUCCCUCGGGGCUGGAGCGAGGGGUUUUGCCGCCACGUUCAUUAGGAAGUCAUACGAUGUCAGAAGAGUUGAUAUCACUCCCCUGGAGCAGAGGAAGGUGACCUUUGAUACCCACGCUUUAGUGCAGGAUCUGGAAGCCCAUGGCUUUGGGAAGGAGCAGGCACAGACCAUCGUGUCGGCGUUGAUCACCCUGUCCAGUGUCAGCUUAGACACCGUCUACAAGGACAUGGUUACGCAGGCCCAGCAGGAAAUAACUUUACAGCAGAUAAUGGCACAUUUGGACUCCAUUCGAAAAGAUAUGGUCAUCCUGGAGAAAAGUGAAUUUGCAAACUUGAGAGCAGAGAAUGAGAAAAUGAAAAUUGAAUUAGAUCAAGUUAAACAGCACCUAAUGACUGAGACCAGCAAAAUCCGAGCUGACAGCAAGCUAGACAUAAACCUGGAGAGGAGCAGGGUGACAGAUAUGUUUACAGAUCAGGAGAGGAAGCUGAUGGAAGCAACGACAGAGUUUCAUAAAAAAGAUGCAAAUACCAACAGUAUUAUCUCAGAAAUCAGUAAUAAAAUUGACACUGAAAUAGCUUCCUUAAAAACACUCAUGGAAUCGAAUAAACUUGAUACCAUUCGCUAUUUGGCAGCCUCAGUGUUCACUUGCCUUGCAAUAGCACUGGGGUUUUACAGGUUCUGGAAAUAGAUCUACAUGGAAUGACUGCACUAAAUACAGACAGAAAAGGCCACCCAGGCAACACCACUUCGACAAUAACCUUGGCACCUUUUGGUUUUGAUACUCCUACUGUAUAAUAAAAAUGUUUUCUGAAUAUUGAACACUAAAGAUCAAAAUAACUGUGGGGAAGUAGCCAAAUAGUAUUAUU